GGAAACGAUCGUGAUAACUCAUCAUGUGACAUAAAAACCGUUUCCCAGGGAAACGAUCGUGAUAAUAUUGAAAGUAGCGUAGAUAUUGCUUCCCAAAUAAGCAAUCAGCAAAAAACUAUUCCGAAUACUUCUUUACCGGCAGAAGAUCUUGACGAUUCUGAUGAAAUUGAGCUCACUAAAAAUCAAAAUAUAGAACUAGAUUUAAUCCAAGAUUUACAGAAUUGUAUACUUAUUGCUUCACCUGAUUCCAUAGAAAUACCUUCCAAAGACAUCGUGGAUAAUGAAAAGCCAUUCUCUAAAAUUACAACACAAAGCUUAAUCCAUUUAUUUAUGAAAGCAAUAAGAUCUGGGCAUCAAGAAAUUUUAUCCUGGAUUUGCUAUUCAGACAAUUUUGAGAAUAAAGUUAUUGAAAUUCGACACAAAAGAGGAGUUAACGAUAAAACUGCAAGAACCCAGAUAUACAAAGAAAUGUUAGAACAUUUACCGGGCGUUACAUCGG